UUGGUGGCCCAUCCAGCCCUUGGUGACCAUUCCAGGUCCCCUGGUGACCAUUCCAGGUCCCUUGGUGACCCAUCCAGCCCUUGGUGACCAUUCCAGGUCCCCUGGUGACCAUUCCAGCCCUUGGUGACCAUUCCAGGUCCCCUGGUGACCAUUCCAGCCCUUGGUGACCAUUCCAGGUCUCUUGGUGAUCCAUCCAGCCCUUGGUGACCAUUCCAGGUCCCUUGGUGGCCCAUCCAGCCCUUGGUGACCAUUCCAGGUCUCUUGGUGAUCCAUCCAGCCCUUGGUGACCAUUCCAGAUCCCUUGGUGGCCCAUCCAGCCCUUGGUGACCAUUCCAGGUCCCCUGGUGACCAUUCCAGCCCUUGGUGACCAUUCCAGGUCCCCUGGUGACCAUUCCAGGUCCCAUCCCCGGGCGCGGUGACCCCGGCCGGGUGCAGGAUGUGUCCCCUGGGCUGGCUGGGCGUGGCCAGCCUGUGCCUGGGGACACUUUGGGCUGUCCCAGCCAAGGAGAGGAGGAAGGCGGAGAAGCCCAAGUCUGAGCUGACCCUCUAUGGAAACCUGGAUUUGGACAACUACGAGGUGACCUUGGAUAACUACGGGGACAUCCUGGACCUGAGCAACUACGAGGAGCUCUACGACUACGGGGACCUUGUCCCGAAGAUCGAGGUUGGCACCUUGGCUCCUCGCCCCAAGGACCCCAAACCCCUCCCAGAGCUGGGUGAAACCACGGCUGGAACCCCAAAACCGCAGCCCCCGAGCGGUGCUGGCCCCAUGUCCCCAGCGCCCAUCCCCGGGCAGGGGCUGCCCAGCUGCCUGCUGUGCCUGUGCCUCGGCACCUCCGUGUACUGCGACGACGCCGAGCUGGAGCAGAUCCCGGCGCUGCCCCCGGACACCGCGUACCUGUACGCCCGCUUCAACCGCAUCGGGGCCAUCCGCGCCGGCGACUUCAGCGGCCUCGAGAAGCUGAAGCGCAUCGACCUGAGCAGCAAUUCCAUCUCGUGGGCGGACGCGGACGCGUUCCGGCGCCUGCCCAGCCUGCAGGAGCUGCUGCUGCCCGAGAACCGCCUGACGGCGCUGCCCGAGCUGCCCCGCGGCAUCGUGCGCCUGGACGCCCGCCUCAACCGCAUCGCCAGCGCCGGGCUGCGCCCCGAGGCCUUCCGCGACCUGAAGCAGCUGCAGUUCCUCCAUCUCUCUGAUAACCAGCUGGAUUUCAUCCCUGUGCCCCUUCCCGAGAGCCUGCGCUCCCUGCACCUCCAGAACAACAACAUCCAGACGAUGCACGAGGACACGUUCUGUGACAGCCAGGAGCAGGGCCAGAUCCGCCGGGCGCUCGAGGACAUCCGCCUGGACGGGAACCCCAUCAACCUCAGCCUCUUCCCCAACGCCUUCUCCUGCCUGCCCCGCCUGCCCACCGGCCGCUUCUCCUGAGCCCCCGGGGCUGCAAACGCAGCAAAGUGCUCCCAGACCCCGUCCCACAGCGCUCAGACCCUGCUGCUCCACGGAAAAUGUGGCAGAAGUGGAGGUGUUCCACCCCAGGGCAAACGCAUAAAAAUAAAAAGAAAAUAAAAUAAAGAUUUUA